AUGUCGGGUCAGGAAGUCAGGUCAGGAUUCAUUCAAGCUUGCAUGAAGAGUGACGAUGACAAAGGCGCCAAGGCAAUACUGCAAACAGGGGCGCCGCUGAACCGUCGCAUGCAACUAUGCAAGCAUGAGAGCAAAAAAUGUUUCGGAAUCAAGGGUCCGUCGAGUCCAAAUUCGGGUAGAAGGUUUUCCAUCAAGAUUGCAGAAGCUAGACCCUCUGUACGUCGUGCCCUUGCUGCCACUAGUAUUGUUCCAGAUCUUAGUGUUGAUGAAGACGAUGACAAUGAUAAUGAGGAAUUGAUUGAAGAUGAAGGACUUGAUGAAAAUCACGGUGAUGAUCCAAGUCCUAAUGAGAAUGAGGGCAAUGCAGAUGGUGAUGGUAUGAAUCACAAUGAGAAUGGUGACACCGAAUCUGAUGAAGAAGGGCUUAAUGAGAAUCUGGAUGCAGUUUAUAAUGACUUAAUUGAGGAACCAAGUGAGAAAGUUCCAUCGAACCUUUAUGAUCCUAGAGUUUGGGAUAGUCUAGAUGAUAAAUGGAGAGAUCUGUUAGCUGUAAAAGGUCCCGAUUAUACACUCGACAGUCCUAAAGAUAGAUUGAAUAAACGCUUUACUUCAGGAUUAUACACUCGACACAUACAUAAUGGAGAGACAUCUGAUAGGAUAUGGCUUGAAUACUGCAAAGAGAUUGAUAAAGCAUUUUGUUUUUGUUGUAAGUUGUUUAAGAAAAAGCCUAUGAUAACUCAGCUAGCAAAUGAAGGAUAUAAUGAUUGGUCACAUGUGGGUGUGCGGCUUAAUGAACAUGAAGUUAGUAAGGCGUAUAUUCAUAACAUGGCUACUUGGAUUGAGUUGCAGCUUAGAUUGGAAAAGGAUCGGACAAUUGACAAAUCUUUCCAAGAUCAUAUCAUAAAAGAGAAGGAGCAUUGGAGAAAACUGUUACGAAUGUUGAUUUCAAUUGUGAAAUAUCUUGCUAAAUACAAUUUGGCGUUUCGGGGCAAAAAUCAGCGGAUUGAUAAAGAAAACAAUGGAAAUUUUAUGGGAUUAGUUCAGAUGGUGGCAGAGCAUGAUAAAGUGGUGGAGGAACAUCUUCGUCGCAUUCAGAAUAAGCAGAUCCGUUAUCAUUAUCUAAGUAAUGUUAUCCAAAAUGAGUUGAUACUCAUGAUAUCUUCUGAAAUCCGAGGUGCAAUCAUAUCUCGGGUUAGAGAAGCUAAAUACUUUUCUGUUAUACUUGAUUGUACUCCUGAUAUUAGUCACCAAGAACAGAUGACUCUGAUUUUGAGAUGUAUGGAUGUCACUGUUAGUCCAGUUAAAGUGGAUGAGUAUUUCAUACAAUUUUUGAAUGAGGAUGACACAAGUGGCCUUGGACUUUUUCAGGAGUUGCAGAUGGCUCUAACAGGUCUUGGUCUUGAUAUUGAUAAUGUUCGAGGACAGGGAUAUGAUAAUGAAUCAAAUAUGAAAGGGCAUAAGCAAGGUGUACAGAGUAGACUUCUGGAUAUUAAUCCAAGAGCAUUUUACACUCCAUGUGCUUGUCAUAGCCUUAACUUAACCCUUUGUGAUAUAGCAAACUGUAACAUCAAAGCUCAGGAUUUCUUUGGAGUAGUACAACGAAUUUAUUCCUUGUUCGCAAAUUCUACAAAACGUUGGAAGAUUUUGAUGGAUAAUCUUAUAGGAGUUACUCUCAAGCCAUUAUCGACCACACGUUGGGAAAGUCGUGUUGAAAGUAUUAAGGCAAUUCAAUCACAACCUCUACAGAUCAGACAAGCUUUACUUCAAUUAGCAGAAAAUGACAAAGACACAAAAAUAAGAAGUGAAGCUAAAUCUUUAGCAAAGUACGAGCUUGAGGAUUUUGUGUUUUUAUUAGGCAUGACUAUUUGGUAUAAGAUAUUGGUGACUGUUAACAAGGUUAGUAAGCGUUUGCAAGAGAAAGAUAUUCCAAUUGAUGUUGCUAUAGAAUUAGUAAAUGGCUUAAUUAUUUCUUUCAGAAAGUAUAGAGAAACUGGGUUUGCAGAGGUCAUGAUUACUGCCAAAACACUUGCUGCUGAUUUAGGAGUUGAUCCAGUAUUUUCUGAGAAGCAGCAAAUCUUUAGAAAAAAAGCAUUUUGA